UAUAUAUUUUGGGCCACCGUAAACAGCAAAAGUAUGACGAAAACGCUGUUCUGAAGCGUCUUUGCAUCCAUCUUGAACGCUCGCAGCACCCAUACCGUAAGUGCAGGAUUGGACGCGCAACUAAAAAAAAAGUGCGCCUGGCCUGACCGCAUCAGGAAACUAAAGUCAGUUCAAGGGAAUAAAACAGACAAACCUAAAGCUAUCAAAAGCUAGAUUUCUUUUCUUUUGUUUUGGAUUUUUUGUUGCCCCUUCCAGGGAGUAACUGUACACGAAAACAUUAUGGGAAUUAUUUGCUGUUUGGAAAAAAACCCUAUUUUCUCAUGAAAGCAGGUUUUGUUGGCAGUUUGAAGUUUCAGUCAGUCAUCAACCUUUGUAUGUGCUUUUAUUUCAGUCUGCAACUAUGCAAAAAGCAAAAACACAAUGUGGAAAACGGGGUUCGUCUGCAAAGAGAUUGAUGAGGAACACACCAGUCCGUAAUGUCACCUACAGAGUGGGAUACACGUGGAACAGAGGUGGACGACUCAAAGAGCUCAGGAUACGGCAUCUUGCACGGAAAUUUCUUCACCUCUGGAUUCAGAAGACCUUUGGACGAAUCACUUUGUCACAGGCCAGGUCUCACCGCAAUAAAGUGGUCCUGAGGAAGGUUCUGAGCGCCUGGAAAGAUGAGUGGUGGCAUGCCAGGCGAGAGUGGACGCUGACGAUUAGAGCCGAUUGUCACUAUAAGUAUGUCCUGUACAAUAAAGUGUACCAAGCCUGGUGUGAAUAUCUGUACAUUCAGAAAGAAGAGAAUAAAAAGCUGAAGACUGCGUUACUCUUUGCAAAGCAACAUCGGAUGCGUGCCGUGUGGGAAGGCUGGGAGCUGUAUGUCGGAAUGAGACAUUUAAAGCACGGGAUGUAUGACGCAGCCCUAAAACACCACAGACACACAAAGAUUAAGUGGGUGUGGAGUGUGUGGCAAAAUGCACUAAAGCGACGCACAACAGAGCAGCUUCAUGCAGAUUUGGCUCUACAGCAAUGGACUGUAUCUGUACAGAGCAGAGUGUGGCUGCAGUGGAAAAAGAAAUAUGCACAGACACGUAUCUUGAGAGAGAAAGAAGCUAGAGCACAUCUUCAGUACUGCCAGCAGAUUCAGAAACAUGUCCUGCAAUGCUGGAUUGCAUACACUCAACACAAGAAAGUUAAGAAUGAAGCUAAAGCUGUAGCUAGCAGUGUAUGGCGCUGCUCUGUGUUGAAGAGGUACUGGUGUUUGUGGCACAGAGCUUUGCAGAACAGACAGGCUGAAGAAGUGAAAAAAAAGAUGGCAGAGAAUCAAGCACUGCAUGCCAUUCAACGCCGGGCAUUUUCAUGUUGGAGAAAUUAUGUGCACAUGUGCUCUGUAAAGGCCAAGAAAGAACAGAUUGCCAUUCAACAUCGACACCUUCAUCUGCUGCAUGUAGGGUUUAAAGGUUUUGCUCAGAAUACAAUUUGCUGUAAAACGCAUCAGUUGAACAAGAACAUUAGUGCAAUGCAUCAUCGACACACGACAAUGGUGAAAUAUUGGAAGCGUUGGCAGCUGCGCUUGGAGCAGAUUGAGGAAAUGAGUUUUCAACCCCAAAUCACCUUAGCAGUGAACUACCACAGAAUUGCAGUGCUGAGAGUUUAUUUUCACCGAUGGAUGGAGCACAGCAACGAGCACAGACACAUGCAGGAUUUAGCGGCACGUGCUGACUCGUGGUUUGCAAGCCGAAUUCUUCCAAAAUGUGUGAAAUCAUGGACAGAGUUUACAGUGCAAAGAAUAGAGCACAGGAAGAUGAGAGAAAGGGCGGAACAGUAUCAUCAACAGCAGUUGUACAGUUGGGCUUUUUAUACCUGGUGGGAACGUUGUGUUCAUCAGAGAGACCAAAGACUGGCGGAGAGAAUGGCUGUGCUACAUGCAGAGCGUGUGUGUGUGUCCCGAGCCUGGUCUAGGUGGCUUUGCAGGAUGUAUCAGCAGAGAGAUGAAAGGCUCAAACAAGAAAAGGCUGCAUCACAUUACAGAUGCACACUUCUGCACAGCACACUGAAGCAGUGGAAAAACAGUGUCAGCAAUAUCCAGAGGAGUCAGAGACUAUUUGAGCAAGCAGUGGUCAAUGAUCGCCUGCAGUGCAUGAGGCGAGCUCUAAUUGGUUGGCGCAAGUAUGCCGAUUGCCGAAGAGAGAAAAACAGGCGAUUGAUGCAAAUUGAUGCAUAUUAUGAAGGAGGGCUGGUCAAGCACAUAUUUAAGGCAUGGAAGCAACACCAUGCCCAGACACAGCAGAUCAACCUAUUUGUAGAAAACCGUUACCAAGAACAUCAGAAAAAUCUACUCAGGAGGAUGCUAUGCAUUUGGAGGAGCAAUGUACGCCUGACAGUGGAGGAAAGAGAAAAAGAGACAAGAGCAAACUGUCAUUACCAACAUCGCUUACUGUCCAAGGUGUUGCUAGCGUGGCAUCAGAGAUCAGCAUUCAAAGCUUUUCAUCAUCACCAGCAGGAGGAAGCACUGAGAGACGCACAACUCCACUUGAACAGAGUUCGGAUACGGGCAGUUCUUAGGAAGUGGAGAAAGAAACACAGUGAAGUGAGAAAAGAAAGGUUGUCUAUGGAGAAAGCCUGCAGAUAUCACCACCAUAUUCUGCUCAAAAAGAGUCUCAGGGCUUGGAUCUUGAAUAAUUGCCAGCACAAACACUAUCAGGCAAUGAAAAACAGAAGCAAUGAGCUACACAGAUCAAGAAUCUUCCAACGUUUUUUUAGCCUCUGGAAAGCACAACUACAGAGCAGAAGAAGAGAGGCAGAGUUAACAGAAAUGGCCCUUUGGCAUUGGUCCCUGAACCUACAAUCCAGGGUGCUUUGUGCCUGGAGACACUGGGUUACUGAGUGUCAAAGAAAACAGAGGCGUCUUGCAGCAGCUGCUCAGUUCUACAGAGAUGAACUGCUACGAGAAGGCGUUACCCACAUCCUUACGUACACAACACACAUGAGUGCAUUCUCUUCAAACAUGGCUCUGCACAGCCAUGAACAGAGUUCACGGCAGCUACAGGCAGUGGUAAGGCGAUGUGCCUUGCGAUGGAAGCGGCGGGUCUUGUGCAAGUCUUUCAAAGUCGGAAAGACAAAUCAAAAUGACAGACCCCCUAAAACAAAAAAGAGUGUAUCCUUUUCCCUGCCUGAAAGCCACACCCACAGUCACACAGAUCAACCAAUCAGAAGCCCAGCCACAGUGCAGAGUUCUGGUAAUACCACUGUAAACAAACUGUUACAGGUUCGAGCAUCUAGGCUGCAACCACGAAGACCUCAGGACUUAUUGCACUCUCCAGCCAAAGAUCUGCUGCAGCACCCAAAGCCUAGCAGACAUAGUCACACAGACAGUAAUCACAAAUCAACACACCAUACAAGUUUUCAGUUGCAGCCUACAGACCAGACUAAAUCUGAAUCCACAUCAACGUUUGCAUCUGCUCCAGAUAACUCUGUUUCACUUUCGGUUAUCCAGCCUCAGCCCCCAAAAUUCUCCACUUCAUUGCAGCCCCCAGUUCUAAACAUUAGGCCUCAAGUCAUGGCCUUUAGUUCUGGUUCUACAGGACACUCCACCAUAAAGAUUAGUGGUGAAAACCAGGAGGUGCUGCUGCCACCUUCUUCAUUUACUUCAUCUAAAUCAGUGUGCAAGCAGACAAGUUCCAGAUGCAAGGAUCUCCUCUCCCCUCAAGAUUUCAUCCAACCUAACCUGCCUGGCCAAAGUGCAUGUGAAAGUGUUUUUGUGGAUGCGGAGGAUGAUGACAAUGAAGAGACCAUUCCCCUGCAGACAUUCUCCUGUGAUUUAAUUGAAGUUCUGAACAGGGAACUACAUAAUAUCAGACUCGACCUGCAGCAAUACCAGCAAGACAAAACUCAGCUGCAGACAUGGCGCAAACUUCAAAAAGUGAUGAAAAUUUGGCUCCAGACAACAGGCACUGAUGCAGCUGCUGAAGAACGAGAGAACGUUACACAAGAAUUAAGCGAGCUAGAGAUCCGCAUUUCUGCUUUGUCUGAGAAAGUGACUGAACGGAAGCCUAUCAUGAUCUGCCAUGCUGCAAGAAUCAGCAGUAUAGAAAGCCAGCUGCUGAGAGCCAACAUUAAUAUAUAGAUAUCCUGCAUUUUGUGCAUGUGUUGUUUUGCACCUUUUCAAUAGAUGGGUCAAGUAAAGGUGAGAAAUUAGGAAUUUCUUGAAGCCUGUACCUGAUUCAUAUAAAAAAAAAUUGAUGUUAUUUGCCAAACAUAAACUGUUAAGAAGUACAAUGAUGUGUUUUUCAGGAAUGUAGAAUGAGUGUAGAAAUAGUAGCCACCUGAAAGUAGUGUACAUGUUCAUAUUAACUACUUAUUUAUUUGUAACAAGUAAAUGUAAUAUGUAUAGGCAUUCGAGUGUAUUGUUUUUUAUAAAUAGAUGCGUCUUAUUUUUGUAUAUUUUCCAAACUUUCUAUGUGACCAACAUAUGUUCUUCUCAUUUAAAAAGACUUUGGCCAGUAGGCACAACAUUUUCUGGUAAAGCUGGAAGCAAGAUGUUGGUGACACACAAUGAUUUUUUCCACAUGCGCUCAGAGCCCUGAAUACCAUUCCCUCUGAAAACAUGCAUCUCUUAUCCUUACAGUGGUUUAGUAGAGGUAUACUUAGACCUGUUUUUUGAAGGUUCUUAUAGUCUGACAGACAGACAAAAAAUGCAUAUGGGGAGAAAAAUGUAAAAAGGAUAAAUAAGAGAUGUGUGUGUGUGUGUGUGUGUGUGUGUGUGUGUGUGUGUGUGUGUUAAUAUUGAGCGCGUAAAAUGUCCAACGUUCAGUUCAGUAGCACAUUGUGGUUUGUGGGUGUGUUUAACACAAAUAAACUACAUGUUAUCACUUAA